AUGCCCCCUAAACUCACAGGCCCACCUCAAGGCUGGCAACCACCCACCCACAUGAAUUCCGCUUCUUUAGCUCAGCAGAAAGCCAACUCAAGUGGUAUAAGCGAAUUUGAGUUGCCCAAGAGUAAUCUGACAAAGUUGGCCAAGGGAAGUGUACCGGAUAAUGUCAAGAUGCAGCAGGAUGUGACAAUAGCUUUGCUAAGGGGAUCAACAUUGUUCAUAAAUUAUCUGACCUCAGCCGCACAUGACCAAGCUGUAUCCAGAUCCGGGAAGACCAUAACAGCCUCGGACGUAAUCAAAGCCAUAACAGAGUUAGAUUUCGGACCUAGUGAUGCGUUGGUACCGCUUUUGGAACAGGAAUUACAGGCGUACCGAAAUCAUAUCCAAGCUGCCAAACUAGCCAAGAAAUCAGCAGCCAAUGCCAACAAGAAUAAAGGACCUAGGAAAUCCAGUGGGACAAUCAAUGAUGGCGAGGGCGAUGUGGAGAUGGUAGAUGAUGAUGAUGAAGGCGAAGGUGAGAACGAUAAUGAAGAGGAGGACGAGGAAGAGGAUAUUGUUGAAGGUGCGGAUGAGACUCGUGAUGGGAAUUCACUGGGUGUAGGGGAUGAGAGUGAGAUUGUACACGGGGAGAAUGAAGACAUAUGA